AUCUGACAAAAAUCAAAACAUUCGUGCGUUCGACGAUUUCUAGCGUCAUAAGCAGCGGCUCAAAUAAAAUUUGUCUUAUUACAGUUAAUUACAACAAAAUUCAUUAAACGCUUAAGUGAUUUGAACAACUCAAAGUUUGCUCUAUCUUUCAAAACAUAAUUUUGUUCGCUUCGUCAUUAGAAUGGCCCUCGCUAAACCAAAAUCCGAGCUGACCCCGGAGGAGCUGGCACGCCAAGAGGAGGAGGAAUUCAACACCGGUCCGCUCUCGGUCCUGACCCAAUCAGUCAAGAACAAUACUCAGGUUCUCAUAAACUGCCGCAACAACAAAAAACUGCUGGGACGAGUCAAAGCCUUCGAUCGGCACUGCAACAUGGUCCUGGAGAAUGUGAAGGAAAUGUGGACCGAAGUGCCUCGCACUGGCAAGGGCAAGAAGAAGGUGAAACCAGUGAACAAGGAUCGCUUUAUCUCGAAGAUGUUUUUGCGAGGCGAUUCGGUGAUUUUGGUACUUCGGAAUCCACAAGCCACCGCUGCAGGAAAGUAAUUCUAAAGACACUUAGAUUAAGGAUUAACUCUACUCCGCAUAUACUUUUAAUAAAUGUGUAUUUCCAUCCCAUUGAAUUGGAGAAUAAACUGAAUAAUUGAAGACGGUACGUAAAA